CCACUGGCAACGCUACACAGCAACACGCUGCCUGCUUGCUGCUCCUCGUUGUCGUAGUCGGCCGUUUGUUGUUCAGUUCAGUUCAUCUGUUCCUCUUGAAAGGGAGUCCAACGCCAACGUCGUGUUUCCGUGCGCGCGUUCAUCGAUCACAUCGCUCGAGGACGGCUCCAGUUGGAAGUAGUACCUGAACCCGGCGAUCUAGAGACGCCGUAGACUCAGCUAAAAGUCGUUAAAAAAUCACCAAUCACCACCAACGCUUGUGUUUCGUGCGUUUUAAUUAGGUUUGCACCGGCUUCGGAUUUCGGAUUGUUGAGCGCGACGAGUACGACUCCAGCGACGACUUUCUGAACCACGACGAGUUGUGAAACCAACAUGGCCGACGGCUGGAUCUCCGGUGGAAUUCGUGCGACAUAAAACUCUAUAAACAAGAGCCGGUGUUUUUAUUUUAAUUCGGCGUGAACAUAACCCUGUAUUUUGGAGUGCGUUAAUUUAAAAACAGUGAUAAUAAUGGAGGAGUCUCCUUCGCCAGCUGAAAGUGAUAUCAAUUCGGAACAUAACGGCACGGAUAAUGGGGACAUUACACCACCGCAAGAAAUGGAGGUUGAAGUGGAAACUUGCCGCAUUUGCGACGAAAUCAGCGAGAAAAUGUUCAACAUUUUCGAUGAGAAUCCGGAAGGUUAUCAGCUGAUCGGGCUCAUUAAGGAGAAUUUGCCGAUUGUCCUGUACAAGUCGGAUCCUUUAUCCAAGCAGGUGUGCGAGAGGUGCGUGGAGAAUUUACAGAUUAUCAGUAGUUUGAAGAAACGGAGCAAAAACACGCAGGAAAAGUACGUGGAAAAGUUGAAAAACGAAGUGGAUACUUCUGACAAGAAUGUCCUACUUUUUCUUGGUUGCACCGGUAGCAAGCUCAUUGAAAACACCGAAGAGGAAGAUGAGGAGGAAGAAGAGCUCAAAGAUCAGGGCACAUCUACCGAGGAUCUGACAGUACUGUGCUCCAAUUGCAAAACAGCAAUUUUGGACGCCAGCACAGUGAAUGGAGAUGUAGAACUCUCUACAAAUCUGCAUAAGAUUAUUGCAGAAUCUCUGAAGAAAAAUAGAGUUAUCACAGAAGAUGCUGAUACAGAAAAAGUAUUACGUAAAAGAAAAAUACAACCUCUGUAUCAUGAACUUGACGAUUCACUAUGCAGUAGUUUGACAGACUUAACUAGACAUACUGCAGGAAUUUAUACAGGUGAGGAAGAGGAAGAAUCGUCCCAAUUCGCUAGCGAAGUUGAUUCUGAAGAAUCGGUAGAUGAGAGACCAGUAAAACGAAGAAAAGUUGACAGUGAAUCUAAAAAAAUCCAAGAAGAAAUCGACCAGGAGGUGGCUAAGUUGAAAGAAAACGAUGUCACAGAAAAUGGAAACGAUGCUGAUAAGCCUGAAGAAGGGGAAAAUGAAGAAAAAUCUGAAAAACCUGGAGAGACUGAAGAGACUAAAGAAACUCAACCAAAAGAAGAAGAAAAGGUGCCUGAGAGAGUUAUCAAUUACGUAGAAAUGUUUGAAGAAGAACCCGAUACGACAUUUGAGCCCUUAACUUUGCUCCAAAUUGCCUUGAACUCAAUCAACGUCCAAAACGUUCCAGACUAUGAACCAGUAACUUUCGUAGAAAAACCCACAGCUUGCAAGUGUGCUACGUGUGGGGAAGGCUUUAAAAAUAUGAAAUUAUUAGCCUUGCAUGAAUUAAGUCAUAUCGAAGUAGACAUGGAGGAGAAAAUAGACAACCCUGUUCCAUGGACGGAGGAGCAUCCGUUUGCUAAGAUCAGAAACCAGUGGCUCACGUUCUUUGACGAAAAUGGGUAUGAUGAGGAAGAUAUUGUGGUCGAUGUUCUGACUUGUAACAAAGAGGAAACGAGUCUGUUGGUUGAAAAAAGUGAAAAAACUAUGGACAUGUCGAAGAAAGACGAAGUCGUUUUGGUUAAUAUGAAACCAAUGGUGAAUGGAAUAUCUUUGAGAGACUAUGAAAAAGAAGAAAGAAAAGCGUUCUAUCAAUGUAUUAGAAUAGGAGGACAAACAAAACGGUUUUGUACUUUGUGCAGAUAUUGUUUCAAAGACAACUGGGCUAUAGAGAGUCAUUAUUUUUCGUCAGCCUGUCAUUACACGUGUAAAUAUUGUGGUAUGAGGUUUAAUAAACAAAGACACAGAUAUGAAGAACAUGUGGAGAACCAUGUAAAAAAAGGCGAUCAAGUUUCCGAUAAGAUUUUCACUGCUAGCAAAGUGAAUAACACUUUACCAAAGAUUAUUCAGCCUAACAAAGUGAGAAGGAUCGUUCACGGUGAUCCUGAACCGGCACGACAGAUAUAUUUGGAGGACUUUUUGCCGGACGAAGUACCCAGAGGCACGUCACUGGUGGCCAAGUCUAGAUUUGAGGGUGCGCCUCAGAAUAAUUCAAUGAGCUUUGUGAAAAUAAAACAGGAACCUAAAGAUUAUCCUAGUAGUGGUCCUGAAGUGAAAAAUCAGAACCAAGCUUACUUUUGCAGAAAAUGCUAUAAGGUUUUCUUCAAACUGGACGAAUUCAACGCGCACAGCAAAAAUUGCGAUUACAGUCAAUUCAACAAUUCGGCUCCGUCGUACCGACCAGCGCCCAACAAUCAACAUCCACCUAGGCAACCACCUAACAACGUUAUGCGUCAACCACAUCCGCCUGAACGAAAAUCCAAUGGAGAAUACACCAACGCUGGAAGACCAAUCAGAAACUGCGUCAAAGACAUUGGACCAUAUACCGACGAAGUUUAUAUUCCUAAGCAGCUGUUGAAUGAGACGGUGAAGCAUUCCGGUCAGAGUUUCAUCUGUCAUAUCUGUGGUACUCCGUUCCCAACAAUUUAUUCCAGAAAUAGUCACAUGAGGAUCCAUAAAGGGGAACUACCGGGAAUGGGACACGCUGCUCUUCAUCCUCCACAACAGUCACACAGUAACAUACUAAAGCAGCGUUUACAACAACAACAGCAAAUGCAAAGGGCUAAUUAUCCACAGCAAAGAAACGUUUACCAACCAAGACAGCAAAAUAACUAUCCACAAUUUGAGGAUAUAAAGAUUAAAGAAGAACCUGUGGAUACCUUCGAACCAAUGGUAGAAAUACACGAAGGACACGAGGAACCGCCUUCUCCACCGCAGAAAUAUAACCCAGUACCACCUCCAAGAGAACUAGGUGGCGGGGCAGUAUCCAUCACGCCGAUCGCCAAGAAUAAUCCUCCACCCAAAAGAAGUCUGAGUCCGAACAUCAUGAAACUGGUCCAGAACAACCCUAAUAUAAGCAUCAGCAAGAGAUUCUCUGAAAAACAACAACAGCUACAUCGCCAAUCGACCAGCAACAACUACAUGAGACACAGUACAGGAAAUUAUAACGGGAAUGCUGGAUACCAGGGACCAUAUGCUCCCCCUCUUAAUCAACAGCAACAUCAUCAACAGCCUGGAAACUAUGGUCCUCCAAAUUUGCAGCAGAUGAACGUGGAUGAUCGAACGUACAAGUGUUCUAGUUGUUGGGAGGCUUUUACCAACAAAUCCCAUCUGUAUUUCCAUAAGAAAAACCAAUGUGAAGGUUCAAGGUUUCCCUGUCCGUUCUGUAAGAAAAGAUUUGGUACUGAGGCAGCUUACAGUUCUCAUAUUUUCUACAGCCAUCCAGAAUAAGCACAAAAGCCAAGAAAAACGAAUGAACUUUGUGUAUACUAGUGUUUUGUGCAUUGCAACAUUAGAGGUUUUCAGAAAAACAACAGAAAUGCCAAUCAAUUUAGCAAGAACUACAUGAGAAGAAGAAUCCUGGAUAUCAAGAACCAAUCAACAAUAUCAACAUGUCUGGAAACUAUAGACCUCUGUAUAUGCAGCAGAUGGACGUGGAUGAUAGAACAUACAAGCUGUUGGAAAGCUUUUACCAACAAGUCUCAUCUGUAUUUCCAUAAGAAAACCCAGUGUGAAGGUUCAGGAUUUCCCGGUACAUUUUGUAAGGAAAGCUUAUACAGUUAUCACAUUUUCAAUCAUCAAAAAUAAGCAUAUAGCAGCCAAGAAAAAAGGAUAAAUUUCGUGUAUACUAGUGAUUUGUGCCUUUAAAAUUGUUCCAAGUAUUUCUCUUUGACGUCGUUCUAGUCAGGCCUGAAAUAGUCCUGUUUUUGAGACAUCCAGUAUAUUGAUUUUGUUUUUCAAUGGCAUUUUAGUGUUAAAAGUAAGUGAACAAUAACCUAUGCGAAAAGACUGAACUGAUUCCCAAAAACGAUAGUUUUAUUUGAACUAUACUCUAUAAUCGAAAAAAAACUGCGUCGUGGUAGCCUUUAAAAUCGGGCCGACAGAAAUUACGAACGAUUUUCGAUUUUAAAGCCACUAUGAUACUGUUUUUUUUUUGGUAAGCUUGUAAAUUUCUUAAAGAAAAAUAGUAUACAUUUGUUUGGAAUAAAAAAAGUAUUUUUCCCCUGUACAUAGUUCUUUAGAUUCAGCCAAAUAAUAUUUUUAGGAUAAGCAGUAAAAAUAUUUUAAGUUUGUAUAUAUUUUCUUUGUGUAUUUUAUACUAUAGUUAUAUUUGUGAUUUAUUUUUUAUGGUAAGGUUGAAACGUCGAAGUGUUUGAUACAUUUUUUUUUUGUUAGUGACACACUAAAUUGUAACAUUCCUGUUUUGUUAAAAUAGUGCUGCCGAAAGUAUGUUAGUUUUUUGGACUGAUUUGAUCUAUCUUUAGUAUAAUGUAUAAUACAAAUAUAAAGUAUUUAAAUUUGA